GCAGAAUUUCCAGCAACCUGGUGCCAUGAGAUUCACUGAGGGGCUCCAAUGUCCAAGACUGAUUGGCUGCCUCCAAACGAAGACUCUGAAGACUCGGACUUGUCAUCAUUUCACGAGAUCCUCCUGGCACAAGAGAUCCUCUUCGUAGUCUUGGUGCUGUGUCUCCUUGCAGUUUGCGGCUGUUUGGUUUGGCAGCUGCUGCAAUUCAGCGCCCUGCUGCGGCAAGAACGAAGCGUUCGGCGAUUUGGGCCACGAGCUGGUUUGGGUUUAGCGCCCGGCGACGUGCAACGCCUGCUGUCGGAACCUGCCCCGGAGGGGGCGCCGGGGGCGCUGGAAUGCUGCGUGUGUCUCCAAGAGAUUCUUCCCAGUUCUCCAUCGCUCCGUCACCUGGAAAACGCUAGGUUUACAUUGCUGCUCCCAGCUUUACCACCACGAAUGCAUCGUGGAGUGGCUUGCGGUCGUGGCGCGCUGCCCCAUGUGUCGUGAGACCGUGAGGCCUGCGGUAGAGAGUUCACCUGUGUGGCCGUAAAGUCGUGGUAGCGACUGGCGACAAAGCUCCAGAAAUUCGCCACCACAUGCGUUGGUUCAUGUUCAGCGUGUUAAUAUUUUAAUGUGUAUAGUUUUGGUUUUUUGGAGUUGGGAAAGUUGAUGGCCAAACAAAGUAACUAUGUAUGCCUUUUCUUCCGACACUUUCAAAUUCUUUGCCUUUCUCUCACAUGAUGCGUAUUCCGUCACAUCGUUGAAU